AAGUUAUUAGCGUAUAAUUAAUAUCUCGUCUUUAACACCAAUGACAUUGUGACAUGACAAAAACAUCAUCUAUAUAAAGCGUUCAGCUUUUCUCAUUUUCAGUUUAGUUUUAUCGCCAAGAUGGGUCUACUAUUGCAGUUAUUUGUUGUAACAACUCUAGUCGCUGUCCUCCACAGUGCACCCCUUGACGAACAUUCCGAAAGUACCACCGUUGGAAUCAAGCCUUUGCCAGCCACUCUGAACAAAAAAGACGACUCAAAGGAAUCAGAUGAGGACAAAGCCGAUAUUAAGCGAGUCUCCCGUGAUAUCCCCUUACCACCCCCUACCCAAACAAAAGACACCCUAAAUGCCCAAUCAAGUACCAGCAAACCCCAAUUUGGAAGCCGUCCAGCUAGAGACACCACACACUUUAUCUCAGGAGUACCAUCACCCCAAUCCAACCCUAAACCCCACACCAACCUACAAAACCCCCACGGUCAACAACCCCAACUAGGAACCCCCCAAAAUCAAGCACAACGUAGACCAGCCAGAGAUACCACACAUUUCAUCUCAGGGGUACCAACACCUCAAUCACAAUCCAACCCCAACCCACAAACCUACCAACAAAACCAACAACCCCAACUAGGAACCCCACAAAAUCAAGAACAACGUAGGCCAGCCAGAGACACCACACACUUUAUUUCAGGAGUACCAACACCCCAAUCACAAUCCAACCCUAACCCACAAACCUACCAACAAAACCCUCAAGGCCAACAAAGCCAACUAGGCACCUCACAGUAUCCUUCCUCGCAAACUAGGCCAGUGAGAGCAGCUGAGAACCCAAAAGUUGAUCACAAACCCCAACCAGAACACCCACCAGCAACUGGUACCAGACCUGUGAGGGAUACCAAUCAUCCAGCAACAAAUCAGGCAAAAGUCCAGACUCGACCAGCACCACUUCCUGCGAGAAAUGAGCAAAAACCGACGUCUACUUCACAAAAAAAUGAACCGAGACGUGUAAGAGAAGCUGUUAGUACUUCAACAAGUACUGAAAAAAGUGAUAAUUAAGGAUAGGCGUAAGGAGAUGUUUGUUUAAAAAAUAAUCACCUUCGUAUUGUUAGUACUUUGGUGCUAAUCAGGUUAAGUAAUUGUUAAGGAUUAAAAGUGUUAUAAAACUAUACCUACGUAAAAAUGUAUGCUGUAAAUAUGCGCACUAUGGAAAUAAAGUCAUUUAAAAAAAUA